AUGUUUCGUUUGAUAGAUGAGGGCUACGGCCCAGUGCAGGCUCUGUUGCUUCUCUCCAGCUUCAGACAUACGAAACCUGCCCAACAACCUCUGCUGCCUACGACCAACGCGAACAUGUCUCUUGUACCAGGGGGAAGCGCUCUCCUCAACAUCACUCAAGCUGCCAUCAAUGUCUUUCUAGGAUCGCAACAGGACGACGGCCUGAUCGGCGGCCUCACCUACUGGCAAGUCGCUAAUGGCUAUACCGCAAUCGCGCUACACGACACCUGGUCCAACACUUCCUCCUACAGCGGUACCUUGGAGGAGCUGAUUGGCAAGGUCGAGGUCAACAACACGAACUGCAUCAACGCCAUGAACGACGACUCGAUGUGGUGGGCUGUCUGUUCGCUGGAGCUCUUCGAUCUGACCGCUGCACAGGACCAUCUCACGGUGGCUGAGGCCAUUUGGGAACACGUCAACCAAUUCGUGAUUCCGCAGGGUAAGUAUGUCAUUAACGGCACCGACAUGGGCGGCGGAGUGAUCUGGUCGAGCAGGCCGAAUGAGACUCAAGUGAAUGCCGUCACCGCCGGCCUCUACGCGGAGCUUUCGGCGCGGCUGGCGUCUCAGAAAACGAACGAGACAUACAGAGAAGGACUCCUCGCCUCGGCCAUCAACACUUUCUCCUGGAUCUUACGCAGCAGAUUCGAUCAGGACGAGUAUGUCGUUCUGGACCACAUCGAUCUCGAAACUGGCUGGGGCUACGACUGGACAUUUACGUACAAUACCGGCCAAGCUAUUGCCGCAUCUGUUGCCAUCUAUAACACCUUGAAAGCAAGGGACUUGGACUUGACCCAAUCGGCAACGACAGAAGCGUACCUGGACCUGGCCUGCGACAUGGCGAGCUAUGCACUGAACCGAAGUAGUUGGGUCGACUCGAAUGGAACUCUGACAGAGCCCGGCGCCUAUCCCGGCACUGGGCCCGACAAAAUCCCAGCAUGGCAGGACAACGACGCUGUCGGCUUCAAGGCCAUCUUGCUACGGAGCCUGGCCAAGCUGUACAAGAUCCUCGUCCGUGACAACAGCCACGCGGAAAUGCAGACGCAGUUGGCCAGCUUCAUCCAGACGCAGUUCCAGAGUUUGCAGCUUAGGGACACGAAUUGGCAGGGACAAUACGGCCCCUGGUGGGAUGGGCCCAUGGACUUGCCAACAAGUCACUCUCAACUGGCGGCACUGGAUGUGAUGGCGGCAAUCCAUGCCGUGUGA